CAAGGUACUCAACUACUUAAAUCCAGACACUAAAGGGGAGGAGUUAAACCGAGUCCCUGCCCUUCUCCUGGGAACUUUUAUCAUUCCAAAAGUGAUCUAGCUAGAGUUGGAACCGCUGGGAAUAGCUGCACGCUCCCAAUUUUCCUCAUGGUUUCGGUGACCAGAACCGUAUUUGGAGAGCUGCCCUCGGGGGGAGGGACAGUAGAGAAGUUCCAGCUUCGGUCAGACCAGUUGAGUGUGGACAUCAUCUCCUGGGGCUGCACGAUCACUGCUCUGCAUGUCAAAGACAGGCACGGGAAAGCCUCAGACGUGGUGCUCGGCUUUGCUGAGUUGGAAGGUUACCUCCAGAAGCAGCCCUACUUUGGAGCAGUGGUUGGGAGGGUAGCCAACCGAAUUGCCAAAGGAAGAUUCACAGUGGAUGGGAAGGAGUACCACCUGCCCAUCAACAGAGAGCCCAACAGUCUCCAUGGAGGAUUCAGAGGGUUUGAUAAAGUCCUUUGGACCCCUCAGGUGUUGUCCAAUGGCGUCCAGUUCUCUCGAGUCAGUCCAGAUGGUGAGGAAGGCUACCCUGGAGAGUUGAAAGUCUGGGUGACAUAUACCCUGGAUGGUGGAGAGCUUGUAAUCAACUACAGAGCACAGGCCAGCCAGACCACACCGGUUAAUCUGACCAACCAUUCUUACUUCAAUUUAGCUGGCCAGGGCUCCCCAAAUAUAUAUGAUCAUGAAGUCACCAUAGCAGCCAAGGCCUAUUUGCCUGUGGAUGAGACUCUGAUUCCUACAGGAGUCAUUGCUCUAGUGGAAGGAACUGCUUUUGACCUGAGAAAGCCAGUGGAGCUUGGAAAACACCUGCAGGAUCAUCACAUCCAUGGUUUCGACCACAAUUUCUGUCUGAAGGGAUCGAAAGAAAAGCAUUUUUGUGCAAGGGUGAGCCAUGCUGACAGUGGGCGAGUCCUGGAAGUAUACACCACCCAACCUGGCAUCCAGUUUUACACAGGCAACUUCCUGGAUGGCACUCUGAGGGGCAAGAGUGGAGUGGUCUACCCCAAGCAUUCUGCUUUUUGCCUCGAGACUCAGAACUGGCCUGAUGCAGUCAAUCAGCCUCAGUUCCCUUCUGUGCUGCUGGGGCCUGGAGAGGAGUAUAACCACACCACCUGGUUCAAGUUCUCUGUUGCUUAAAGAAGACUGAAGAUGUGACCUAGUCCGAACCAGGCUGGGUCCCUACUAGCCUGCCUCCCAUCCUGGUGUAGACUUAGAAGCAUUAAAAGUGACCUGUGUGUUGUCAUACAAACUGUAGAUGCCAUAAUCAUCAGCUUGAAUACUGAUUUCCUUUUCCAACAGCUGACUUUGGGCCAUGUCUGAUAACCAGCUCUGUUAGCUGGCCACAUCAGAGGACAAAUUAAGUCUACUGCCAGUGCCAUCUUCUAAGACCCUAGUGGGGAAGUGGUCCUCAGGACUCUAAUGCUAUUAUAGAUAGGCUCCAUCUUGCCACUCUGGCUCCAUCUAGUUUCUUUACUUCAAGCCUUCCUUUCUUUGAUGGGACUUGUUUUUCUGUCUCCUCUUUUAUCUCCGAGUACCCUGCAGAAGUG